AGCCAACAAUGGAGACUUUGUUCGGCCUCCCAUUUAAACUGCUGGAGAUCCCUCCAAUGAGGCUGAAAAAGCCCAGUUUCAUUGCCAUGCCCAGUGCGAUGAUGGUGUACGGAAUGAUCCUAGUUUCUUACUUCCUAGUGCUGGGAGGUGUUAUCUACGAUAUUAUCAUUGAGCCUCCAAGUAUCGGACAGGUUACAGACGAGAGAGGUAACCCUCGGCCAGUAGCGUUUCUAGCGUACAGAGUUAACGGUCAGUACAUCAUGGAGGGACUUGCCAGUAGUUUCCUCUUUGUUAUGGGGAGUCUGGGAUUUGUUGUACUGGAUAAAGCUAAUGGAGCUAAUUUACCUAAGCUGAACAGAUUUAUAAUGCUGUUUCUGGGACUCUUCAUGGUCGUUGUCUCUUUCUUCCUUUGCCGACUCUUCAUGACGAUGAAACUACCUGGAUACCUCAAGAAUUAGAUAAUAUAUAUAUCGUGAUUAAAAUGAUACUGACAUAUAUGCAUAACUUGGUCGUUGCUAUGAUUAUCCUAGUUUGUCUGAAAAUAAAGGGACAUUGUAAGGCCAUAUAAUAAGUGCAUGAUUAAAAUGACCUUGCUAUCAGAUUGAAGGAACACGGUAGCGUCAAAUCAAGCCUAGCUUCAAGUUUAACUUUGUAUUGAUAUGUUAUAUACUUUUAUGUAAAUUUAUUUUGAGAAUGAUAGUUUUUGAGAUUAAAAUUUUUGUUUACAUGACAUGUGUGUCUUUUGAUAGGCUUUAAUUCGUGAUGCCAAAUUUUUUAUUUUUUUUA